AUGACCUCUUUGCAGUACUCAAAGAACCAGAGCAGCAUGUUUCUACGAGCGGAAACUGACUUCGGUCUGACGAUGCUCCGUCAGUCAUCGAUCAGUGAGUCAGUGGUCAUCUCCCCGGUAUCCGUGAUUCUCGCCUUGGCAAUGAUUCAAAUCGGUGCAAAAGGUGUGACAAAGACUCAAAUCAGCAACGCGAUUUCUCAAGGAGCGAGCGAUGUAGACAUCUUCAAGUAUUACUCUAGUCUUUCGGAAAACGUGCAACAUUCAAGACAUGGAGCGAAAAUGAGAAUCGCAAACGGACUCUUCGUGGAUGGCAAGAAGUUCGUUGUAAGAAAGAAGUACGAAAAGGUUAUAAUCGAGAAAUUCGCUUCAAAAGUGAGAUCACUGCGCUUCUGGAAGAGGGAGGAAACAAACCAGAGAAUUGACGCUUUUGUGAGCCGUGGAACAGCUGGUCGGAUAAAACAUAUUAACACUUCAAGCUCUAUUAAAGAUGCGCUCUCUCUCAUGAUUAGUGCUGCCUAUUUCACUUCCAAAUGGGAACAUUCGUUUGCGAAGGGGUCGAAUACAUUUGGAGAGUUCUAUUAUGGAGAGAACAUCAAGAGAAGGGCAAGUUUAUGGAUUCAACCACCUCCCGCUUCGUUUAGAAACAGGAAAACGGAGAGUUCUCUACUAGGAGUGUUACAGGUGGAGUACAUGCACAUUUUCAAUGAGAAACGUUACUACACUGAAAACGAAAACAUGCAGUUGUUGUCCCUCCGUUACAAGGACACAAGCUACGCGCUCAAUAUCUUCCUUCCAAAGAAGAGAAAUGGCUUCGAUGCACUGAGAUCACAGCUGAGCGGAUCCCUUAUCCAAAGAUCGUUCUCCCAGCUCCAAUCAACCUAUAUGACGAUUUCUUUGCCAAAAAUAAAGAUCGAGACGGAAUUCAAGCUGAAAUCUGCGCUGAGAGCACUUGGUAUAAGUGAGCUGUUCUCCGACAAAUGUGAUCUUAGUGGAAUCACAAAGACAUCACAGCUGAAGAUUUCCUCCACUGCCCACAAAGCAAUUAUUGAGGUUGCCGAAGAUGGGACAGGUGAAGGAGAGUCGAAUAGCAACUACUUGCCUGCUGUUGCACCGACGGAAGCACAUCGGGCUAUAGAAUUCAUCGCCGAUCAUCCUUUCAUCUUCGUCCUAAGCAAAGAUUUGAACCCUCUUUUCAUAGGACAGUAUGUGUAG